AUGGCUGAGGCAAUCGCGGUGGUUGGCUUCAUCGCUUCCGUGGUUCAGUUAGUGGAGGCAGGAACCAAAUUCGCCAAGCGGCUGAAAGCGUUAGAUUCCAAAAUCAACGACACCGAUAAACUGACCAAUAUAGGGAUCCAGCUGUCUCUUGUCACCGAUGCGUUGAGCAGAACUAUAACACAGGCGGAGAGCGGACUCAUGGGUGAGGCCACUGCUCGUUCAUUGACUGCCCUUGUCUGCAACUGCUCGAAACAUGUGAGCCUUCUACAAGAUCUUUUGGGGCGACUGGCAAUAGACGAAACCAGUUCAAGGUGGGAGAAAGGCAAAAGAGUGUUGAAAAGCGUCCUGGAGGACAAGAAGAUCGAUCAGAUGUGCCAGACAUUGCAGGGCCAUAUCCAAUCGCUCAUAUUCCAUCAAACAACAACAGUCCUAGAUCUUACGGGCCCGUUAUCAGUGUCCGUGGCAACCCCUUCGCGGACCUGCACCUCUGGUAAUGAUAUUUUCAUGGUCCCAUUUCAGCAAGAUAAUCAAUUCGUGGGCCGCAAAGAUAUCCUCGAGUGUAUCGGACAGUUACUAGAAGGCGACGGACAACAUUGUGCAGCGCUAUGCGGUCUGGGAGGUGUUGGGAAGACUCAAAUUGCCGUCGAACACUGCUAUCAGUACAGAAAGGAUCAUCCCUCUUGCCCUGUUUUCUGGGUGCAUGGCAGCAAAGCAGAUAGAUUUCAACAGUCAUACAGGGAGAUAGCUCGAUUAUUGCGCCUACCUGGCAUUACGGAGCCCAAUUGUGAUAUCCUUCAAUCAGUCAAGGAAUGGCUUGAAGAUCAGGCCAAUGGGCCCUGGUUAAUGGUUCUUGACAACCUUGACAAUGAGGACAUUAUCUUUCCUAGUCCCUCCUCUACUGAUGUCCAGAAAUCAGCCGGACUCGUCAAGUAUAUUCCGAGAGGCACUGCGGGAUCCCUUCUUAUCACCUCGCGAGAUCGACGGGUUGGAGAACGUUUGACCAGCGGACCGACAUCAUCACUGCACGUACCGCCUUUGGAGAUUGCAGAUGCCAAAACGCUACUCCAAAGCAAAGUUCCAGAAAUUACCGGGGACAUGGACGCAAAGAACUUGGAUGAGCUUCUCGAGAGAUUGAAGUAUCUCCCCCUUGCAAUAAAUCAGGCGGCAUCUUACGUCAAUGAAGAAGGGGCCAGUGUCGAGCAUUAUCUUGACCUCCUACGUGAUGACCAGGACGCCGUAAAUGUGCUAGAGCAGGACUAUUACGAUUCCGCAAGAGAUUCUGGGUCAUGCAAUGCAAUCGUGGCAACCUGGAGAGUAUCCUUUGAGCAAAUAUUUAAGACCAGGCCUGCAGCAGCCGAGUUACUUGCACUCAUGUCCAUGUUAGACAGGCAGGGCAUUCCCGCUAAUAUCCUGUUUAAUAGCUCCCUCAGCCGCGUUUCUUUCGAUCAGGCGAUGGGGAUAUUGAAGGCAUUUUCUUUGGUGGAGAUGGGAAGAAGCAGUGACAUCUAUAGUUUGCAUAGACUGGUCCAACUCUCGACGCAUUCGUGGUUGGGACAGCACAAUCGACUGGAAGAAUUUCAGAGUCGUGCUCUGGAAGCAAUAUGUUUACACUGUCCCUCUAGUGCAUCCUUUGACGAAUGGACCGUUUGGGAAACAAUCUACCCGCAUAUUCAACAGGUUCUGAGGUAUCGUGAGAACCUGCGACUGGAUGCUCCGGCAAAGUCACAGUCAGCCAUCCUUCUAUUCCACACUUCCCAGUAUGAAGCCAGCCAGGGCCGUUUCAACCAUGCAUAUGAUUGUAUUUCCGACUCUGUGGGGAUACUUGAGGGUUUGAGUGGCAAAGAUGACCCUAGUACCCUCAAAAGUAUGCAGUACUUAGCAUGGGUGCUGAACGAGCAAGGGAAGCAUCAAAUGAGCACUGAGUUAUUCGCGGACACAAUUCAACGCCAAAGCAAACUGCUUGGGCCCGACCAUCCCGAUGUGCUUGCCAGUCAAAAUAACCAGGGAUUCGUUCUCUAUCGACUCGGGAUAUACAAAGAAGCGGACGAGUUGUUGCGGCACACUUUGCUCUCAAGGGAAGUAACACUGGGUUCCAGUCACCCAGACACAUUGACUACCAUAGACUAUCUUGGUCUUGUCUUUCUGGCGCAAGGAAAAUAUAGCGAAGCAGAAGAAAAACAUCGGCAAGCAUACAGAUUACGGGAGGACGUGCUAGGAGUAAACAAUCCCAACACACUAUCAAGCGGCUGCAAUUGGGCCGUCUCACUGGGCCGUCUUAAGAGAUACGCAGAGGCGGAACAAGUUCACCGAACCAUCCUGGACCGGAGACACAAAGUGCUAGGCAUGGACCACCCCAGCACUCUAGCAAGCAUGGGUAGCCUGGGUGUGGUGCUCGACAUUGUUGGGAAGCACGAAGAAGCUGAAAUCUUCUUUCGCGCCGAACGAGCAAUCCGGGAAAGAACACUAGGAGUAGACCAUCCAGCAACUUUAGCCAGUAUCAGCAACCUGUCUCGAACACUUAUUAGUCAAGGGAAGAACGACGAUGCUGAAAACAUGCUCCGGCGCGUGUUAGUAGUCCGAGAGCGUGUUCUGGGGAAAAGCCACCCGAACAUAACGGCCACACUUCACAACCUGGCCUUGGCGCUGGAGAAUCUGGGAAAGUAUCAAGAGUCAGAGGAGAUGUACCGGCGGGAGUUUCUGCUGAGCCAGAAGGUAUUUGGGCCUAGUCAUCCUAUUACUCGAAAGGCAAGCGAAAAGCUGGCGGCAGUGUCCAAGCAUCGACCGUGGUUUUCCAGAGUAAUCAAAGGCCGGUCCGGGUGUCUCUUUUUAUCGCAUCAUAUCACUAUGACACAGGUGGUUUUGGCAUUUGUGUGCUGUUUUGUGUCCUUUUGUCUAUUGUUCAUUUUUUGA